AACGUAAACAAUAUAUUUCUGAAAAUCUUAUAUCAUGAAUAUUCUUUAAAAGUUUUAGUAAAGUGACAACCAGUUGUUGAUUAAACAAGCAGAUUUUAUUAAAGCCACAGCAGAACUAAAUGCCGAAAUUCUCAGAAAAUGACCAAUCACACACUGUUAAAUCCGAACUCUAGACCCCUCUGCCGCGUGUGCUCCCUGGCCAAGGAGGGACAUCUCACCAACCUGUACGACGCAUCAACGUUCGUCCGAGGUCAACCCAACUUGCAUACCAUGCUGCGGGCCGUUUGCGCGCCGGUUUUUGACAAACCGGACUCCCCGGGAAUGCCGACCAACGUGUGCGCCGUUUGCCGAAACGCCACCAUCGCGGCUUACAAGCUUCACAAACUGUGCAUAGAGUCCGACCGGAAACUGGCGGAAAUGUUGGUUGUACAGGAAGAACCGGAAGAAGCCUUUGUCGAGGUGAAAGAGGAAGUGGUUGUGGAACAGACCAAGCUGGAUGACCCAUUCGAUCGGUCCGAUGAGGAAAUCUCCGAGGAAGAUAAUGUUGAGGAGAAACCGGCGGAGCCCGAGAAAAGGCAGAAGGAGGACUACUAUGCCAAGCGAACCUGCAAGGUUUGUUCAGGUGAUUUCCCUACAAUACGAGAUAUGCUGGACCACAUGAAAAAGUUCCACCCAAAUGUGAAAUGUGAGAAAAUACCGGGACCAAGACUGUUCAACAUGCCGAACCGGAAAUGUAAGGGAAAACACCGUUGUAAGCUAUGUUCGGAUGCGUUCAGAACCCGCGAUGGGCUUGUAGCGCAUAGCAAGAGUGCUCAUCCAGGAGUGGCCUUCGUCUGCCAGUCGUGUAAGAUAAUAUUUUUGAGUGAAGCUGAAUUGGAGAGUCACAAAGAAAUGCACAUAACAGGGAAAAAGUACGAAUGCGACAUAUGUCAUAAACGCUUUCGCCAUAGUCAAACAGCCAAGAGCCACAGGACCACUCAUUUCGGGCCGUAUCCCUGCCCAACGUGUGGCAAAACGUUUAGCAUUCUCUCAAGCUUCAAGCUUCAUAUGGCAAGACACGCCGGAAUCAAGCGAUUCGCUUGUUCGUUGUGCUCAAAUCGUUUCAUCACCAAGGGCGAGCUCAUCCAGCACAGGAUUACUCACACUAAGCAGCGCAAUUAUGUGUGCGAAACCUGCGGAUCUCAGUUUGGCAAGUCGGAUACGUUAACACGGCAUGUCGAACGUGUUCAUACAUCAGAACGACGCUAUGUUUGUACGGUGUGUGAAAUGAAAUUCAAUUGCCCCGGUCGGCUGAAGCGCCACGGGCUAACACACACAGGCGAAAAGCCCUACAAGUGUCCGUUUUGCCAGCGGGGCUUCAACCAGACCAACGACCUUGUGAAGCAUGCCAAAAACCACGUGCAGGGUCCGUUUGGAUGCGAUCGGUGCGGCGAAUCGUUCCGAUUGAUGCGCGAGCUGCGUGACCACUACGGCCCUGCCCACGUAGCUUCCGGCGAGCAAGUUGAUGAGUUGCUGUGGACGAGCCUCGCGGCGUUGGAACGGCUGGCGGAGAAAAUGCGAAAGGAGGGCAAGAAGGUGAACCAAUGUUGAAGGUUCCUUGAACUUGAGAAACUAAUAAAAAAAUACCUCCAGGCCAGGAAA